CGGCAUUUCCAGACUGUUGCUUCGCCCGUGCAGGUUGCUUAGGUGCGGGCGAUUAAUGAUUAUGUGGAUCGUAGGGGUCCACUAUGCAACGACGGCCCGGAUCAGUCGUAGUAGUAUGUCAGCUAUGAUUGAAGCUCCUCUUGGCCAUCAACAUCAACGCUCCUCGACAAUCCACUCCUUCGUUUGACGACGGCGGCGGCAGCGGUCAAAAGAGAGAAAAGAUGAUCAUGACACCCCGAUCACGAUCACGGCCAGGGGGCAGCUGCCUCGGCUUCAUCUCGCCGCGGACAGCGACGCUGCUCCUGGCACUACUCGGCCUCGUUGCCCACCUCCAGACAUUCUCGCACCUCAAGUCGCUUCAAGAAUCGUUCCCCGACGUGCCCAAACGCCUCCCAUCGACACCCGUGCUCUCUUCUCCACCAACGUCCUCCUCGAUAUCAUCACCGUCGUCGACUUCAUCAUCGUCGUCGCCGACGCUCCUAGCAUCUGUGUCGUCUUUGUCGAACGAGGCCGCCGCAGGCUCCUACUGGUCGUCGCUGCAGGAAGACGGCCGAUGGUUCAACCUGCUGUCCACCUCAUCGCCCCGAAAUGGCAAUCCAGCAGACGAACAAAGCCAGGAUGAGGAGCGACGGAGCUGGGAGGCCGCCAAGACGCUAGCAAGGCUGAUGCGAGGGUAUGCCGCCUUGAGUGCCAUUGCCUGCGCUUUUGGCAUCUUUGGUGCCGCCAAGCAUCACCUCUUGUCGACGCGCAUCUUUGUCCUGGCUUCCUUCUUGGACGUCUUUCUUUGCGCCCUCUCGCUCCUCUCGCUCUCGCUGCUGGCCACCUAUCCCGAGGUGCGCGCACUGGCAUGCGACCAGGUGUCAUCGGGCGAGAUCCAUGCGCUUCUGGCCUUCUUCCGCGGCGGUGGCCCUCCUGCCUCGUCGUCGUCGCCGUCAUCCUCAAGGAUGGCUGCCCACAGCCUCUCUCUCGGCCCCUCGCCGCCCUCGGCCAGCAACACGGCUGCCUCGUUUGUCGACAACCUCUUCCGGCGUGCUUCUCGUGGCCAGUCGUCGGCGUCGACCGCAGACGUGGGCACCGUCUGGUGGGACGCCCUCAUGGACAAUGUCUUUGCGAGCGAAAACUGCGACGAGGUCUUUGCAACGACGGUCGUGCCCCUCAUUCUUGUCUUCAGUCUCAUCUAUCUGGCUCUUCGCAUCCACUUUCUCUUUGUCAUCCACCGCUACUACGUCUCGCUGCUCCGAGACCGGAUGGGCCUCUUUCUCUCCUCGGCCCCCACUUCGCCCCUCUCGCGAACUUCUGACGACAACGAAAAGCAAGUCGACGGCGACAAGAUGGCUUGAUGUGCUUGCUUCUCUGCUCUGCUCCACACUUCUUUCUCUGUUCUCUCACCAUGGAUUAGGAGUCACUUGAUCGGUUUUAUGGUGUACCAUUUGUAUUUAUACACAGACAGGCGCAUUGCUGCACCCUGGAUUUCACAUACACGCCC